AUUAGUGUGCGAAUCAUCAUGCCCGCAACUACUAUUUCUACUACUACUACCACUACAAUUACUACUACAACAACUACUACUACCAUCAAGUUAUCGAAAGGUGUGCGACCCUGCAGUUCCUCUCUGCUGCCGCUACUUGCCGAGCUUUCGCUAUAAAGCUCGGAGCUUUACUUCGGCGCUCGAAUCCGCGUGAAAAUCACCGAACUACACAACUCGGAAACCGCGUAUUUCGCGGAAAAUGAACGUUUUAUAAUCCACUGUUAUUAAUGAAACGAAUUGUUUUGUGAAUAGUGAAUGAAAAGUUUCUAUUGUAUGUUCUAAGAUGAACUUGGGACUCGUGACCAUAUUAAUCUUCGGCGUAUUUCAUACGGAAAGCGAAGGUUUAAGAAGAUCCAAGAAGACUAGGCAACUGAAAUCGCUGCUUCCUCAGUACGAACCCUUUUUAUCGACCGACCUUCCGAACGAUAAGCAGAUAUCGGUUUUUCUUAAGAAAGGAAUAACGAAAACGCUUUUAUAUAAGUCACAAAUGGAUGGAAUACCUUUAACGUUCACGGUUGCAACGUGUACUUCCCCGGUCAACUGGGUUGUAAUACCAAAAUCCAGGGGUGACAGUAUCCCAUUAUCUAAACCGCUGGUUAAUAUCACCACCAUGGACACUGACACAUUCGAAUUAGAAUCGUCCUUUCAAACGGUUUAUAGUUUUGAAAUUGUUGCUGUAAAUGAAGACACAUUCGUUCACGUUUAUCUCAGUACAGAACCCGGUGGUCCUCAAGCAAUUAAAACAUCACAAAAUCUUGGAAUGAAGCUAACUAGAAGACAAAGAAGAAAGCAGCUGACCAUUAGCUGGGAACCAAGUUUAGUUGACCCUCAAAGCACAGUUUACUGCGUUGUCGUGAAUACGAAGAAGCACUACAGGACAUUGUGCUCGGCCCAGGGUGAAAAGUACGGUUUUAGCACACAAAAACCCACGCCCGCGUCGCAAACUCUUAUUUCCUGGAUCGAACCAGAGAAACAUGCCAACGACUUGGCUAUCAAUUGCGUCGGUCAUCACACUCAUUACACAGCAAAGAAUAUGGUCGAAGGAUUGAAGUAUUAUUUCGAUCUAUUUGCCGUUAAUCAACAAUCAAAUCUAACAUAUCAUAGGGGAUCGUCUUAUCUGACGUUCAACAAAAAUUUCAAGCCGACAGCUUUGAAAGACGGCAAACUUUCUUUCGUUAACUUGAAAAAGUACGACGGCAAAGUCACCUUCAGGUUUAAGAUGAGGAAAAUCAUUAACGACUCCUUAAAAUUCUACGUGGUUCCAUGUGGAGGAUCGGUGGAUAUCGAAAUAUCCACGAAAGGUCAGGUCGUGUUCACCCGAAGACGCGUAGAAAGGUUUGACAAAAUCGUUAUAGAAAACCCGGAAGAAGGUUUAAGAUAUUAUAUAAAAAUCAUGUCGACAAAUAGGGACGAACUGAGAAGGAUAUCAGGUGUAGAGAUUCUAGCAACUACUAGACCAUUGUCCUCGAUUCCUCUGCCGGAUUUACCAUCCGAUUUGACGGUAGAAGAGUUUUCUUCUUUAAGACAGUGUAACAGUGUCACAAUUGGUUGGAUACCGUCGACUGAAUCGGAUUCCAUAUUAUAUUGCGUUAACAUCAAACAGAUUCGUUUCAAGGAACUCGAAAUGUACGAAGUCCCUAACCAAUGUAUCACAAACGGUGACAAACGCGCCAAGAAAAGCAAAGAAAAUACGACAAAGUAUUGCAAAGACAUUAAAAACUUUCAGGAAAACGUUUUAACUCAAACUAUAAAAAAAUUGAAACCUGGACGAAACUACGAGGUACAAGUGACUGCGAGGAAGCGCGCAGGAAAGGAAUUGUCUUAUAACUUGCUUUACGUUAAAACCAAGCCGUUUUGUGAACGAUCCAACAAAACUCGAUUAAAGUCGAAAGCUCGUAAAGAAAACACGUCAACAUAACAAUAUAAUAAUUCUUUUUUUCUGUGAUAAGUGUGAUUGCCAUAGAAAUUGAAAGAAAAACGACAUUAUUUAGGUACGUAUUAAUUACAGGGAUGAGAAACAAGCCAGCGACCAGUAUUAAGUAUAAAUAACUAAUUGCGGUCACUUGUAAAAUUAAUUAACAUCUUUUUAGAUAGAUCUAUUUAGAUUAGUUUGCCGUACAACUACUGUAUGUCAAUAUGUUUGUGUUUUAAGUUUAAAACGAUGCCUGCCUUACGUUUUUCUUUUAAAUGUCAGCUCGUAAUUAGUGUAACAACAGUUAUAAUUGUAAUAACAUAUGAUAAAAAAAUGUAUUUUGUCGUAACUUAAAUCGUAUGGUUCAUUAUUGGUAAUAAAAAAUAAUUAAUGUAGGUGUACUCCCAGUUGGUGAUUAAUAAAUUAAAUAUUUUCAA